AGAUGCCUGUGUAGGCAUUUAGUAGGUCCUACCUAGGAAAACAGGCAGGUACUACCUACCUGUACCUGGGCUGCAGUAGCUCUCAAUGUCUUCGCGUCCAAAUCUUGACUUAGCAUGUCAUGGGCUUGAAUUCUUUCUUGAUAACUUUUACAUUCCUUCCCAACAACUCCCAAUCGUAAGGCAUCUGCCCUGCCGACUACUAACACCAUAUUGAGGCCUUAAUUUGCUUAGAUGCAUCCACAGAAGACGAUAUUGCGGUGACUGAGACCAGAAGAACCACCAAGCCUUACUACAACGACUUCAUCUUGUUCGCAUCCUCGUCUAACUCACCAUAAACGCCUCUGCUUCCAGCGGCCCUGAUAUCCGUACAUGUCAGCACCAAUUGCUCGACAGUCGACAUCGACUAACCACCCCCCAGCCUCAGCUGGCAUUAACGCAUUGUCCCUUGCCUUGUUUUUCCCAUCUCUACCCCCCCAUCGUCGAGCGCCCCAACAGUAACAAAGACCUCAACCUCUGCUUUGAUGUGUUCGGGGUAUACCUCCUGUUGCCAUCCGUAGUUCCCUCCAGACCUUCCUGUCUCUCCUCAGGUUGGUUGUCUAGCGUAGCUUGAGUUAGUUCCGCGCAUGCUGUCAACAUGGCAACCUCUCCUCAGUUGUCCGUGGCCGACCAGAUACGCCAACUGGAUGGCGCACGGAAGCUGGUCCUAAAGGAUGUUUCAUAUUAUCCACAGGUCAUUCAAGCUACUAUACCUAUUAUUGGCCCCUCCUCCCAUGUCGAGUUCCGGAGAUGGGGUGCCGACUUUCUCGCUGAAGCGUUUUCUACUCCCGCCGUCCCUCUCAGUGGCAGGGAGACUUUGGCCCUGACAGUUCUCGACACAUUAAAGUCACUGGUGGAGGACCCUAAGCAGGAUGUUUUGGUCUUGCGGUCUGUGAUACAAGCUGCAGCUAGCAUAUAUCCGCUAGCUAUGCGGUGGAUAAUAAACAAUGCUUACGAUUUUCCUACAUGGGGGAAAAUGACAGCUAUCAAAACAAGAAUAAGGGAUAUUUGGGAUACUGCUCCCCUAACAGUACGGAUAUGUUGCAUCAAAUUUGUACAAAGGGUAGUAUUGGCACACACCUCAAGUGUGAACCCCGAGCCAAGACGCGGCGAUCCGCUUGAUAUCUCCCGCAAUAUGGUACCCCCUAAUCACUCAGUGCUAGAUGGUGAACAAUUGGAAGCUGAGGCUUCUGGGCUUCUGGAUCGAAUGCUGGGUGUUUUAGAGGAUGAGACUAGCGACCCAUUGUUGGUUGAUGCAACUUUAAAUACUCUAUCCAUCCUAGUUCGCCAACGACCAAAAACAUCUCCCCGUAUUAUAUCAACAUUAUUCAACUUCAAUCCCUUAAGAUUAGCGACAACCACUCCAUUAACGCCUAAAACCAAGGUCCUAGUGAAGUCGAUGGAAAAGACAACAAGGAUGUUGCUCACGCAUCUAUAUCGACGGGACGUCCACAACCCUUUGGCAGGUCGAAUGCAACAACAUGUUGAGCGGCUCGCGCGGUCACGAGCUGAGAUUUUCGACGAAAAUGGGCGAAAGCGCGUAAUGGUUGACCAGGCUAGUGCCGGUGAAGCGAAACGUCAACGCAUGGCAACUCUGUCUAGUCAGCCCCAGAUCGAAAUCACGCCCUUAAAGCCGGGAGAAAAUACAUUGGCUCAGAUCUUCACAUUCACUAAUAAUGAUGGGUUGAAGAAUUUCAACGUGAGCGAUGCGAUUCCAGCACCACUAGCUGCCAAAAUUAGUGUGCGAACUAUUGCUCAACUUGACACCGAAAUCCUCCAACGCGCCAUUGAUGGUGUCCGAGCCCGUUUCACGGCUUUCCAAGAAGCUCAUCAACAACCGCUGAACCCUGAGACUGCUCCUUUAGGUAUAGAAGAGGAUGACGAUGACUACGAGCCAGACUAUUAUGCUGCUGAAGAUACCGAACAACUUAUGAAUAAACUUGACUCGUCACCUUCAGACGAGAGGCGAGAUUUGCAGGCGCCAGUGCUUGGUGCCUUAGCGCUGCCAGCCUUUAAACUUCCUCCACCAUCGCCAUUAGACCCAGAACAAGCCGCGAGAGUUGGUCAAGGUGCUAUUGCACGCGUCUUUGGUACCAUGCAAACUCUCGAAGACCCCACUACGAAGAAGUCCAAGGCCGGUUUAAACAGACUUGCAGCUAGCUCAUAUGACCGCGACUCGUGGAUAACCGUAAUAACCCGUUUAGCUACACGCGCAACUGCCGGUCUCGAUGGUAUUUCCGUCAAAGAUGAACAUAACGCCCUUGCGGCACCUACUGUUAGCAUGAGUGACAGUAUACGGGAAAUGUUGUAUGCCUACGUAAUGGAAGACUUCAGAAAACGUAUCGAUGUGGCCGUUACUUGGCUGACCGAGGAAUGGUAUAAAGAGCGCGUACAGCACCGCUUUUCUUCAUCUCCUAAUGAACCACAUGAUGCUCCUGCAAACUACGAAAAGUGGACGCUUCGUUUAGUUGAUGGGUUCUUCUCGUAUCUGCAUUCGCAGGACAAAGUCCUGACCCGUUUUUUAAGCGAAUUACCUGAGCUCACCGUCUCAAUACUCGCGAGAGUUAAGCUCCUAUGUCGCGACCCGAGUUUAGUCAACCUCGCCCUUACGAGUUUAUACUAUCUUGUCAUUUUUCGCCCUCCAGUUAGGGACAUUGCCCUCGACACGGUCCAGGAUAUUUGGACUGAGUACGAAGAUGCGCGACCCACGGCUGCUAAAUAUUUGCAAAAGUGGCGCCCUGGAUUCGUAGAGUCAGCCCAGCAAGGCACAGGUAGCACACCUGUAGGGGCCAACGGCUCGAUUGUGGCGACGUGAUACCCGGAGAGAAUAUGUCGCUUGACGAACAGCCUGAGCAUGUUUAUUUUUAUGGUGUACAAUAUUGGCUUCGUGAUGGUAGGACGGGAUGCAGCUAGGCUCGAGUCAAGAGUUUAUUCUAGGCCCAGCUUUGACAACAGAUGAUCUAAGGCAUGGCGUUUGGGAAAGGCGGUUACAUGUACAUCCUAUGGCCACGAGCAGGGGCUUGUACAUGAAAAGCAGGAUCAGGGUUUACAGAGGACGCUUUGAUUGAGGGCCAUUGUUGGUUGCGCAUAUUCGGCCUCUACAUACCAGUGUGCAUCAAUAAUAUAGUCAUUAAGAUAUUUGAUAUCAGAAUAGAUUUAGAACUCGAUCUCUUGUAGUUUGACGGAGAAAUCACUGCAUGAGUUCUGCAUUGUACUAUCUCAUCUUGCCUCGAGCAUUAGUUGGCACCUAAUUCGCACCAUCGAC